AUGGAGUUCUUAAUACCAGACGAAUUUGAUGAAUUUGACGAAUUUUUAUUUGACUCCCUUUUCAAAGGCGCGCUCGUUGGGGAGAUCGAAUUCGAUCAAGCCGAUAUUUUGCAGUGCGACCGCGCCGAAUUUGAGCAUGCCCUAGCCGCGCCUACCGCCGACCAGUUAGGGCCCCCCUCCUUCCUCCCCGAGCCAGCCGAAGCCUGUAUUCCCGGCCUGCCUGCCCCGAAGCCACUUAUUGUCAUACCGCCGGGUCUGGAGGAUGUGCAAACGCGGUUUUUUCGUGGCCAGGAAACCAUCACUUUUUCCGCCCAAGAAGACGCGCUUUACUGUCCAUUCCUAAACAAUAUUUACACGCCGGCCAGUAAGGAAUAUACGCACGUCAAGACAGCGAAGUAUCACGGCCUUUUCGAUGCCGCCUUCAUCACGCCGAGCCAAAGAUUUUCAAGGGAAGAACGACAGGCGAAACAGCGCCUGCCGGCAACGGCUCGGCACGAAGGCAUCGCGACCUAG